CGGAAGAAGACACAAAGGAUCUCCCAUGAAGCACCACGUGUGCCAUGCAAGUUACACGUGUCAACAACCCAGAAACUGUAUGAAUCUAUAUAAUCCUGACUGUUAGGGUGGUAAUGAUCAUCCGAGAAGAAAAAACAUCUGAUCAGUUGAUAGAAAGAAAACAAGAAGAGAAAAUGAAAGGCAUGAAGGAAACCGCUGCUAACGUUGCCGCCUCUGCCACGGCUGGCAUGGAGAAGACCAAAGCUACUGUGCAAGAGAAGGUAGAGAAGAUGUCUGCACAUGAUCCAGUGCAGAAAGAAAUGGCAAGAGAAAAGAAACAAGAGAGGAUGACACAAGCAGAGCUCAAUAAACAAGAGGCAAAACAGCACAAUGCGGCAUCGAAGCAUGCUGCUUCAGCAACUGGAGGUCAAGCUACUGGUGGUUACAUGACAAGUGGCCAUGACACCCACACCCAUUCAGCCACUGGGGUCACUGGUUACCCCAUGGGCACUCAUCAAACGUCGGCUAUGCCAGGACAUGGAGCCGGACAGCCAUAUGGUGGGCAAGUGGAGGAGGGUGUGGUGAGGACACAUCCAGGUGGGCUUCCAGGUGACACCACUGGCCAUAAUACGCGUGCCGGUGGCGCUGCAUUUGGCACUGGGACUGGUGGCACCGGAUAUACUACAGGGACGGGAACCGGAAGCAAUGCACCUGGCUGGCAGCUUUAAAUUAUGGGUGGUCUGAAUACUUUAUGGGUCAUUUGGGCUUUCAUCAAUUGUAGUUUUUAAGUAUUUGGUGUCUUUAUGUUCAGAAUGUUGUUUCUUUUGUUACUUUUCAUGUGUUCUCUAUCUACUUUGGCGUGUUAACCAUAAAUUGUAAUGUUUUUAUUUGAAUAAUUACCAUGAAAUCUAGUUUUGGCGUUUGGAGGA